AUGGCACGUAAUCUCCGCCCUGCAACCGCUCCCUACAGCGAGCCCCUUCUCCCGCAACUCGACGUCCGCAAUCCAUACUACACCGACCUACACUAUAACCUACGCGCCUGGAUCCGCGAAUACGUAGAGACUUCCAUCGCCCCGUACGCCCAGGAAUGGGAAACUGCCGGACAAGUCCCUGAGGAGGUGCGGCGACGUCAUUGCGAACUCGGCUUCGGUAUCGUGCACCCUCUCACGACGGAGGAACACUCGGCUGGUCUGGCACUGCCGGGAAAUGUCCCCCGCGAUAAGUGGGAUACCUGGUGCACUUUGAUUGUUGGGGAUGAGUUGACCCGUGUGGGAUUUGUGGGUGUUAUUUGGGGGGCUUGGUGGUGGGAAUGGGAUUGGGUAUUUGGGACGCCUGAGCAGCAGAGGCGUUGGCUUCCGGGUGUUGCGAGGGGGGAUCUUCGUUUCUGCUUGGGGAUUACGGAGCCAGAUGCUGGCUCUGAUGUCGCCAAUAUCAAGACCACUGCCAAGCGUGAGGGCGACUACUACAUCGUCAAUGGAGCGAAGAAAUGGAUUACCAAUGGUAUCUGGGCCGACUAUUGCACGGCUGCAGUGCGCACUGGUGGCCCUGGGCGAUCGGGUAUCAGCUUGCUUGUUAUCCCCUUGAAGGCUGAGGGAGUGACUCGCAGGAAAAUGUUCAACUCGGGUGUUAAUGCUAGCGGCUCAACAUUCAUCGAGCUGGACGAUGUUCGUGUUCCAGUUGAUCAUCUGAUUGGCGAGGAGAACAAGGGAUUCCCCCUCAUCAUGUCGAACUUCAACCCAGAGCGUCUCGCACUCGCAUGCGCUUCCCUACGACUCGCCCGUGUCUGCGCCGAAGAUGCUUUCAACUACGCCAUCCAACGUGAGACAUUCGGCUCCCCUUUGAUCCAGAAACAAGCCAUCCAAGCAAAGAUCUUCAAGUUCGGCUUGAUGAUUGAGCCUGCCUAUGCCUUCAUGGAACAGCUCGUCAACAUCCUGGAGCUCACCAAGGGCCGAUCCGUCGACGACGUCAAGAUAGGCGGUAUGACCGCCUUACUAAAGGUCAUGUCCACGAGAGCUUUGGAGAAGAGUGUUCGUGAGGCACAGCAGAUCCUUGGCGGCGCUGGGUAUAACAAGGCUGGCAAGGGUGCUAGAAUCGAACAGAUUAGUCGUGAUGCUCGGGUGCAUGUCGUCGGUGGUGGGAGUGAGGAAAUUAUGAUGGGUUUGGCGUUGCAGGAGGAGACUAAGGCGUUGCGGACGCGGAGGAAGGCGCUUGAGAAGAGACAGUCAAAAGUGUAG